AUGCAGAUAAACCACUUCUGCCUUGAGCUUGAGGAGGAGGUCAAGCAAAAGCUCAUCAACGCGCGACUCGGAGUAGAGGACGUCUCGGAAGAAUGGCUCCAGGCGCAGUUGCUGUUACGCGCUUUCGGGCGUCCCGGUGAAGAAGUCCGCCGAACGAAGCUUGACAUGAUUUCGAAUCUCGAGAUUAUCAACGCGAUACUGGAGGACAAAUACUACAUCCGCCCAUUGGAGCAUCUCCUUGAACUCUUCCACAAUUUAGAGGAGGUUUGGGCCAAAGCAUAUCCUGAGCAUCCAGCUUCAGAGAAUUAUUUCAAGAACGAAACGCGACACAACGCCUCCCAGUGCUGGUGCUUUGCUGCGCAGCAAAAGAACCUACUCGUCGAAAAAACGUUGCCUGCCACGGUGACAAAGCCAAAGCCGAACGCGAGUCAGGCCGCACGACCUGCACCAGAAACGCAAGCCGCGAACGACGCCAAUGUUUUCCAAGCACCCGCUGUGCACAAGCGGUCACUACCGGGCGCUGAAGAAUUUGGCGAGCCUUCCGGCGGUUUGCACAAAAGACAAAAGCUCCCGUCGCCUACUCCUGAGUCUGAUAUCGAUAACACGGAACACCCAUUAUCCUCGAUCGAGCAAACUCCAGGCGCACCCCCGACGCCUCCAGAGCACGUGGACCAUCUGCCCCUUCCAGUUGCGGUUCCUGUAAAAAGAGAAGUAUCGUCAACACAAGAGCUUGCGGUUUCUGUACCUCAGUCCGAGAGCCCUCUAUGGCGAGCGAUUCUUGAUGAACACAGCAGAACCAGGCUGCAUAGGUACAUGACUCAGAUGGCAGGUACCUACAUGGUACAGUGUCCGUUGCUUGAGACGAGACAUCCAGAUCUCGUCGGGCAACUCAGCAUCGUGAUCAAGUACAUUGGUGCUCCCUCAACUACGCAUGGCAUACUCGAAGCUUAUUUCAACUUUGGCAAAUUCAUUGGUCCGGCAGUACUUGGGCUCGAUGAUCACCACCUUACAGAGUACCUUUGGGCCACAGCAAAAGAAAGACGGGGCCAACGUGCUCCUGCUGUUUACGUGAACGCUGAAGUUGCGAGACUUUGCGAGGCCGCACUGGAUAUCGCUAGGGAAAGAACACCGGCACAGAAGAGAACCAACUUGAAGACUAGACAUCUUAGAGACAUUCCCGCUCUUGAGAUUGACACUUCCGAGUUACCCGAGUUGGUUUUCGACGCACGACUUGAUAAUCCGACCGGCGAAUACUACGAAUCAGGCACAUAUCGCAUCACGCAGGGAGAAAUCAACUUCAGUGAGAGCGGUUUGUGUUUUAGCGGAGCAAUCAAGUUGCCAGAAAGUGCUGGAGGAGAGAUGGAUUUCAAUGGUUUCAAGGUCUUCAACAAAUACCGAGGUGACCUCCCGCAGAAAUGGGACGAUGUUCCUACCAGCAAAGUAUAUCCGGUGGAGUAUGCUCCCUCAUAG